AUGGAUACUUUCACCAACAUAAAAAACAUCUUGGUUAAAUUCUACGAUGAAUACACGCAGACGACCCCAAAGAAGCUCAAGAUAGUGGAUGCAUAUCUGUUUUAUAUCAUGUUAACGGGAAUUAUCCAGUUCGUGUAUUGUUGUCUUGUUGGGACCUUUCCAUUCAACUCAUUCUUGUCCGGGUUCAUCUCGUGUGUUGGAUCUUUUGUCUUAGGAGGUAACGAUUAUUGAGUAUUAAUAUUUUCUUUGUACUUUCUUUCCCUACCGCGCGUUUAGAAAAUCUGAGCGUUGUAACCUGAGCGUGUGACACGUAGAUCGUGAAAGUCGAGACACCUGGUGUGUGCUUAAAUGAAAUGUAAUACGAAGCUGUUAAAAAAGGGCAAAAAUAUAUUGAUUUUAUCGUCAUCUUAAACUAAUAGAUAAAAGUGAUUUCAAUGUAAGAUUAAGUAUUGAAAAUGACUAGAAAAUUAGGUGCCCAAAAUUUCAUUUGUAGCUUAGCAUUUACAAAGGAAAUAUCCUUGAGAAUUGAUUAUGAAAAUCUGAGGCAUCCUAAGAGAGUAUGGACUUGUGAUUAUAAAGGGCUUAUAUGAAAAAAAUAUCAAACAAUUAACAGAAAUUGAAACAAUAAGCUUUAGAAACAAUGGUCUUUAUCUUUACGUGAAGACAUCUUGUCUUGAUUUGACCACUCNUCGCAUUUCGUCUUUUUUGGAAGAAAUAUGGAUACUUUCACCAACAUAAAAAACAUCUUGGUUAAAUUCUACGAUGAAUACACGCAGACGACCCCAAAGAAGCUCAAGAUAGUGGAUGCAUAUCUGUUUUAUAUCAUGUUAACGGGAAUUAUCCAGUUCGUGUAUUGUUGUCUUGUUGGGACCUUUCCAUUCAACUCAUUCUUGUCCGGGUUCAUCUCGUGUGUUGGAUCUUUUGUCUUAGGAGGUAACGAUUAUUGAGUAUUAAUAUUUUCUUUGUACUUUCUUUCCCUACCGCGCGUUUAGAAAAUCUGAGCGUUGUAACCUGAGCGUGUGACACGUAGAUCGUGAAAGUCGAGACACCUGGUGUGUGCUUAAAUGAAAUGUAAUACGAAGCUGUUAAAAAAGGGCAAAAAUAUAUUGAUUUUAUCGUCAUCUUAAACUAAUAGAUAAAAGUGAUUUCAAUGUAAGAUUAAGUAUUGAAAAUGACUAGAAAAUUAGGUGCCCAAAAUUUCAUUUGUAGCUUAGCAUUUACAAAGGAAAUAUCCUUGAGAAUUGAUUAUGAAAAUCUGAGGCAUCCUAAGAGAGUAUGGACUUGUGAUUAUAAAGGGCUUAUAUGAAAAAAAUAUCAAACAAUUAACAGAAAUUGAAACAAUAAGCUUUAGAAACAAUGGUCUUUAUCUUUACGUGAAGACAUCUUGUCUUGAUUUGACCACUCCGCUGAUUCCCUGCCUUUUGAUGCUUGAAGUGAUACUGUACUUAUUUACUUUGUACAUGUAGGAAAGUUAUUUUGUUUUUUUGGCUGAACUCUGGGAUCUGGGGUGAGUAGGCUUUGCUCGUAUAUGUACUUAGUUACUUUCUGUAUUCAAAGUUGUUGUGGUUUUUUAUUUCAGUUUGUCUUCGAGUGCAGUCCAACCCUGCAAACCUUUCAGAUUUCAAGGGUAUUUCACCAGAGAGAGCAUUUGCUGAUUUUAUCUUCGCUAGUGUCAUCCUUCAUCUAGUUGUGAUGAAUUUCAUCGGCUGA